AUGGUGUUGCUAAAUAUCGUUACGAUGGACCCCACCUCGCAGUCGAAACACAAGCAGUAUGCAUGGCCGGAGACGGGGCAGCAGGCACCCUCGCAGCUAGUCGGCGCCGUAGAGGAUGAUCUGGGCCAUGGUGCACGCAAACGUCAUCUGGUCAGUAGACCGAAUGUUAAUACUAGGGACGAGUAUGCUUCCACUCCUAUCAGCAGCAACAAUCCCUCUAGUACGCCAGCGGCAGCGGCAGCACAGAACGGCAGUGCAAACGGAUUUGCGCACAGUUCGUCAGGCGAAAAGACCAGUCACACUUCCAUCAUCAAGACCUACCAACCUCCUGGGAAACCUCGAUACUUCAAGUCACGGCGGAUUACGGACAAAAGCAAGAUCGACAAGCCGUGGCUGUAUGAGAAGAGAGAUCCCAGAGAGAAAUGGCAGACGAUCAUUCCCAUGUGCGGCUUCCUCAUUGGCCUUGCCCUCGCCGGCUUCCUUAUUUGGGAGGGUUACCACAGUGUCUCGCGGAAUCUAUACUGUCCGGUCAUGGUCGACGACUUUUCAGGAGGACAGCUCAAUGAGACCGUUUGGAGCACUGAGAUCGAGGUUGGCGGUUAUGGCGUCGGCUCAUUCGAACAGACGACUAGUGACCCAGACAAUGUCUACGUCGGCAGCGAUGGAAAACUCUACCUGGCGCCCACGCUCCAGGACGCAUCUCUCAUUGAGCAGAACAACGUGAUCGAUCUUCGCGGUAAUGGCUGUACUGGAAAUCACUGGACUGAUUGCGUGGCGGUUACCAACAUUACGAACGGCACCAUCGUCAACCCCGUCAAAUCAGCUAGGAUCAACACCAAGCUGAGCGCGAACAUCAAGUACGGCCGCGUCGAAGUUACUGCUAAGCUUCCUGAGGGUGACUGGCUGUGGCCUUCCAUCUUCAUGCUGCCGAAGAACAAUACCUAUGGAGAAUGGCCGCAGUCCGGAGAGAUAGACAUCAUGCAGUCACGCGGGAACAAUUACACCUACAAGCAGGGAGGUAACAAUGUUAUUGCCAGCUGUCUGCACUUCGGACCGAACGCAGAACUUGAUGGCUGGUGGCGCAACAACGUCAAGAGCACAGCCUACCGUGAGACGUUCUCUGAUCGCUUCCACAAGUUCGGUGUUGAGUGGACCGACAAGUACAUCUUCACCUACAUUGACACUCGCCUUCUUCAAGUCGCCUACACGCACUUCAAAAGGCCCUUUUGGGCCUAUGGCGAGUUUCCAACAGCCGAUCGAAACGGUACCCGCUUCAUCAAUCCUUGGGAGUAUGGCUCGCACGCCACGCCCUUCGAUCAGGACUUCUACCUCGUUAUCAAAUUGGGCGUGGGCUCGACAAAUGGAUGGUUUGAAGACAAUAAGUCCGGUAAGCCGUGGCUCGAUCGCGAUCACAACGCGGCGCAGAGGUUCUGGGAGGCACGCCAGAGGUGGCACCCCACCUGGAAGAAGCAAGGGUGGAUGGAAGUCUCCAGCGUGAAGAUGUGGCAGCUAGCACCGCACAAGGGAUGCAUGCCCAAGGACGCUCAAAGGUUCGUCGGGUAG